AUGAAAGAAGUGCUCAAAGUCGAACGCCAGAUCAACGCUUUCUACGCCGGGGGCGAUGUUUUGUGGACAUCGAAUGGAGAAAAACUUUUUUGUCAGUCUGGAUCGGCGGUGAAUCUCGUCAAUGUCGGAGAUGGGCUGGUCGACUCGGUUUUUCGACUCGGUGAGGAAGAGACGGUGACCGCGUUGUCCCUGUCUCCAGACAACACUAUACUGAUAGUCGCCUCAAAAAAUGAUCUCCUGCGACAAUUCAAUUGGCAGGAGUCCGGCACCGAGGUCCGUCGGAGCUGGAGGACCAUGUUCAAAACACCGGUCCUGAAGCUCGAGUUCGACGUGGACAAUCGGAUGUUAGCGUCCGGAAGUGCAGAUGGUGCCCUGAAAGUUUGGGAUGUCGUAUCCAAGUAUUGCACGCAUAACCUUAAAGGCGCAUCUGGGACCUUCACCAUGCUGCGCUUCCAUCCAACGAAACAUUUAUUGUACGGAGCGACUACCCACAGCGGAACGCUUUUCUGCUGGAAUCUGAAGGACUCUCGGUUGGAGCAACAAUUGGAGGCUCACACCUCGGUCAUCACGGAUCUCCAGUUUGUGGACUCGAAGGUCGCCUUGACGUCAUCCAGAGACAAGGUCGUCGUUGUCUGGGACAUUGAAAAACAUCAGGAGAUCCGAAGCAUUCCCGUAUUUGAGAACGUUGAGAGCCUCAUGCUUUUGAGAACAGAAGACGCUGGUUUCGCAGAAGGGCAUUUCGUCACUGUCGGCAACAAAGGCGUCCUGAAAGUAUGGCACAUCGCGAGCGGUAAAUGCGUAAAAGAACAAGUCGAGGAGAAAGCCGCCGUCCUGGCCUCAGAAACCGACACCGUCGUUGUGAAGGGAAUGUUCAACCGAGAGAUCGGUUCCUUCGCCGUCGUGACCUACGAGCAGAAUAUCGUACUCUAUGAUGCCGAAGAUUUCGAGCCCACGAAACGCCUCACCGGGAACUAUGAUCAGAUACUCGACCUCGUUCUCCUGGGACCGGCUGCCGAGCUCCUCGCAAUCUGCUCGAAUUCCCCGCUGAUAAGAGUCCUCAACAGAACAACAGGCCACACGUCGCUUCUCAAGGGACACUCCGACAUUGUCCUCUGCGCAGCUGUAGCGGGGUCUUAUCCGAAUCUGCUCGUUUCCGGGAGCAAAGAUCAAGAUAUCCGGGUCUGGGGCUGUCAGGAGAAUGAAAUGAAAUGCUUGAGUAAGGGAAGCGGACACACGCAUUCGGUCGGAGCCGUCGCAGUUUCGAAGCUGAAGGCCGACGUCAAAGGCAACAUCCAGAUCUUCUCCGGCGGUGAAGACAAGACCCUGAAACUCUGGAGCUACAACCUCGAUAAUAAUUCGAUCUCCUGUCAAUACACGGUCAGGGCUCACGAGAAAGACAUCAUGUCUAUCGAUACUAGCUCGAACAACCAGCUGGUGGCCACCGGUUCCCAGGACAAAACCGCGAAGUUGUGGAGAGCGGCGGAUCUGUCGGAACUCGGAGCUUUCAGAGGUCAUCGUAGAGGAGUCUGGUGCGUGAAAUUCUCGUCCGAGGAACCGAUUCUCGCCUCGUCGUCCACGGACACCACGGUGAAGAUUUGGAGUAUCGACGAUUUCUCCUGCCUGAGAACCUUUGAAGGUCACGAGUGCUCUGUGCUCCGAGUGAUGUUUGUCAGUAGAAGCCAGCAGCUGCUCACCGCCGGAGCCGACGGCAAUCUCAAGCUCUGGAACAUGAAGACGAACGAUUGCGCGGGGACCUUCGACGGGCACGAGGGCAGGAUCUGGGCCCUGACUGCGACCGCGGACGAGAUGACUUUCGUGACCGGUGCGGCCGACGCAACGAUCAGUGUCUGGAAGGACGUGACGGAGGAGGAGAAAGAAGCGGCGAUGGAACUCCGUGAGAAACUUAUUCUUGAGGAACAGACUCUCCUCAACUUCAUCCAGGACAAGAAAUGGUCGAAGGCGCUGAAGCUCGCGCUAAAUCUCGAACAUCCGCAGCGGACGUUGAACAUCGUCAAAGCUAUUCUCUAUGAAGACCAAGCCUCCUCGAAGCUAGAGAAAGCCCUGCAUGGCCUCGAAGCGUUCCAGGAGAACACGCUAUUAGGUUUUUGUGCGACUUGGAAUACUAACGCCAAGCAUUGCCACGCAGCGCAGGCCAUUUGUAGGCUGCUCUUGACUUCGCAAAAACCAACGGCUCUCUUGGAACGAUGGAAAGACCUGCACGAGCACUGUGCGGGACUCCUUGUGUACUCGGAGAGACAUUUGGAACGGCUACAGAAACUAGAGCAGCAAUCGACGAUUCUAGAAUAUAUGUUGAAGAAUAUGCAUGUAGCCGCGGAUGUUGAAUAA